GUUCGAGAUCGGCCAGCGUGACGAUACGACGUGGAGAUCUAAUAAGAGAAACAGAGAGAGAGAGAAAGAGAGAGAGAGAGGGAGAGAGAGAUAGAGAUAGAGAAGAGGCGCACCGUGUGGACUCGUACCUUCGAAUUAUUAUUUUUUUUUUUUUAACAUUUUUCUCAUACUGGUGUGAUAAAACAAGCGAUAUAUAUAUAUGUAUAAAUAUAUAUAUAUAUAUAUAAAAUAGAAAAUAUGUAUUAUAUUUUGAAUUUUAUAUUUCGUGAUUAUUAAUCGUCGAUCGUAUAAUUAAGUUCGCGUGUGGUGAAAACAAAACAAUAAAAAAACACAUAUUAGUGAGAUAGAGACGGGAAAAGAUUGAGGAAACGUGAGAUUCCACGUUAAUAAAUAAAGAAGAAGAGUGGAAGGAAACAGUGAAGAGAACCAAGAGGAAAGAAAAAGCGAUCGGUUAAAAUAUCAACGAUGGCAGUCGACGGGCAUCCGGCUGCAAUUUACUUCAUCGCGUUAUUUUAUCUAACGUUUGCAGGUAAUGCAAAUGCAACAUCGUUGGAAAUUUUACCAAGUGGGGAGACGCAAACGAAACCGAUCGGAUCGAGCAUUAUAUUAACAUGCAAACCUAACGUCGAUAACCUUGGACUGGUCAGCGACAUGCAAUGGCUAGAUCCACAGAAUCGCGUUAUAGAAUCUCUCAAACUCGUCGUAUUGCCGAUCGAAAGCACGUCACCACUCGUACACGGUCAUUCGAAACCGGCCAUGUAUACGGAAUUGCAUCAGGACAAUAGUCUUUCCCUGUUCUUCUAUUCUCUUCAAGAGGAACAAGCUGGGAAAUAUACAUGCAAGGGAACUUAUGCGAAUUCGGUGCCUUUGAACAAAUCCGUCACGAUCGAUACUAUCGUUGCAAUAACCUUUGACAACGCACCAGAAAAUCAAUAUCCAGUUCUUGGAAAAGAUUUUGCUAUACUUUGCAAAGUACGUGCCAGGCCUUCGCCAUCGGUUGAUUGGCUUUACAACGGAGAAUUGGUCAAGACGAAUGAUCGUUACAUCAUCGACACUCAUGCUUUAAAAAUAAAAAAUGUUCAAGAAUCGGAUGACGGUAUUUAUACUUGUCGUGCAUCUGUCCUGACUACUGGCGAACUUAAGGAACGACCAAUACGCGUCGAGGUACACAUACGGCCAACCAUCGAAGAAAGAUCGACACCGGUCGAUAUAAUCGAAGGUGAAAAUCAAAAAAUCGAGUGCAAAGCUAAAGGCAAACCACCCCCAAGGUUUUCCUGGAUUCAAUCAUUGACCAAACAAAAUCUAUCAUCUACCGAUCGGUUUACCGUUAAUCCAGAUACCGGUGACUUGACAAUAACCAAUGUAAAUCGCGAAGAUGCAGGAGAGUACGAGUGCACUGCUACAAAUGCAGCAGAUUCGGCAACAACGAACAUAGUCGUUAACGUCAUCGUCAAACCAAAAAUCAUGGAAUUUCCAAAUAUAACAGUGAUACAGGGUAAAGAGGUGGACGUCAAGUGCAAAGCAUUUGGUAGGCCACCUCCUAAAGUGACCUUGAGGAAACAUACAGCCGAAAAGGCAUACGUAUUAGGUGCCCAAGUGGAUGACGACAGGAUAGUUUUGAUCAAUAAACCCGACGAAGUAACCGGCGAGACUGUUGGUAUUUUGAACAUAAGAGACGUAUUUAGAUCCAACGAUGGUCUUUACGAAUGCGUUGCUGAAAAUGCUGGCGGUAAGGCAUACAAAAAUGGUCACGUGACCGUUGAAUUUCCACCGACUUUCGCAUACAUGGAAAACAAUACGACGUGGUCAUGGGACAGCAGACCUGUUAAUUUGACUUGCAUUGCCGAAAGUAUACCAAACGCAACGAUUACUUGGACAAUGGGUGCCGAUAGAAAGAUCGAGGAUGUACCAGAAAUCAAACAACUCGGCAACGGGCCUAUUUCCACGCUCAUGAUCAUACCCCUUGACGGCAGAUAUUAUACUACUUACAAAUGCAUUGCUGCUAAUUCCCAUGGCACCCGAGUACAUAAGAUAGAAUUAAAACAAGCUACUAAACCCGGUGAAUUAACACAAGUUAAGGUGGCCGAAAAAACUGCUACCACCAUUAAAUUCGAUUUCGUAUUACCGUACGCUCAUAGGGAUUUACCUAUCAAAAGUGUUAUCGUUCAAUACAAAGAAGAAACGCAGACUUGGGCCGAUGCUAGGAAUAGAACUUGGUCGAUAAAUUCCAUUUACGUACUCGAAGGUUUAAAACCGCAAACACCGUACGAUUUUCGAUUCGCUGCUAUAAACAAAGUCGGCCAAGGCAAUUGGGGUGGUUUUUAUCGUGAAACAACCCCAGUAAGGACAGUACCUACUGCACCAAAGAUCAUCACGAAUAAACUCGAACCCAAUGGAUACGAUGUAUCAACGUUCAGCAAUCAGUACGAACUUUUCUGGACUGUCCCAGUAGAUAAUGGUGAACCCAUAGAAAAAUAUAUUGUCAAAUACUGUCAAGUCAAACGAGUAACUGGCGAAUGGCAAACCGAAGAGGAUACCUGCAAAACAUUAGACAUUAAGGGUGCCGGUAGGACGAAAUGUUGGAUACCGGAUAUACAUUCUGACACUUUUUACGUCGUUGAAGUGAGGGCACAGAAUAUCAUAGGAUUGAGCAAGCCUGGUGUUGCAAAAUUCAAGACUUCCAGGGGUCCAGAUACUAAAGUUGUACACCAUCACGGUCCUUUGAUAUCCAGUGCUGCGAUAAUUGGUAUUGUUAUCGCUGUGCUAUUCAUCAUCAUAGUGAUCAUCGACGUAAUAUGUUGCUGCGCGCACAAGACAGGAAUCAUAUAUUAUGUAUGCGAAAGAUCUCGACGGAAGCCAGUUGAUGAAGAAGACUCAAAACUUGGCAGUCUUUACGGUUGGCGGUUUCCAUUGCCGUAUUGUGACCAAAAAAUGGCCAAUGUCGCCGGGGUGACGGCCAUCCAAGACUCGGGUAGUGGAAAAAAUACCAUUAGAUUGGUCAAACACACUGCCAUAGACGAGAAAGAACCGUUGAAGGAGGAGAAGAAAAUAACACCGAUCAUCGAUUCUGGAUUACGUAGGGAAACGUCGGUAACCUUUGAUGGCAAACGAUCCGUUUCGAAGACCGGUUUCGUUGGAAAAGAUUCGGCCGUUUAGAUAUUCUUCCGGCGUACUAGAUUGUAAAAGAUUCAUCAUCCUUUCUCACUAUCUGUUUAAAUUAUUUAAAUACUUAUUAUUAUUUCCUUUUUUUCUUACGGUAUUAUUAUUAUUAUUAUAAUAAUAAUUAUAAUAAUAUAAUGCCUUUAUUUUCUCGCAGGCAUCGUUCGACAAGAAUAUCAAAAAAAAA